ACAAGAAAGAAAAUCCAAUCAUACUAAAAACUAGCCAUUUUUAUAAAAAAAUCAAUUCCUACCCAACCCUUAUAUCUACAUUAUAAAUAAGAGCAGCGAAAAAAAAGAGUAAGAGAAGAACAGAAAUGGCUCUCUCAGCUUCAAUGGUGUCUCGAGUUUUCAUUUUUGCCUUCUUCUUUUCAUCCUUUACUGCAGCUCAACAAAAGUUCAGUAUUUUUGAUGUACGAAAAUAUGGCGCCGUGGGAGACGGUCGGCAAGACAAUACUCAGGCAUUUUUGAGGGCAUGGGAGGAUGCAUGCCGGUUUAAAGGGAAAGCAAGGUUUUAUGUUGCGGCUGGGAUAUACAUGCUGGGGAGCGUGAAUUUCAUUGGCCCUUGCUUUGGGCGGCUUGAGUUUCAAUUGAAAGGGGUGUUAAGGGCUCCUUCUUGGUCCGGCCACAGUGAUUCUUGGAUAACUUUCCGGUACAUUGACAAGUUGGUGAUGAGAGGCGGCGCUACCGGUGCUCUCGAUGGCCAAGGAGAGUAUGCUUGGCAGCUCAACGAUUGCCACAAGAACGCUAAUUGCCCAGCCAUUCCGACGACAUUACGACUCGAAUUCAUCUCCUAUUCAAGAGUUCAUCACAUUAGAUCCAUCAACAGCAAAAACAGUCACAUCGUCUUAUUCGGCUGCGACAACGUCAACAUCAGCAACAUCAGAUUAUCAGCCCCCUACAACAGCCCCAACACCGACGGAAUCAAGAUAGGGAGCUCCACCGCCAUCAGAAUCACCAAUUCCAUCAUAGGCACUGGCGACGACUGCGUUGCCGUACUCCCUGGCAGCAAAGACAUUCUAGUUUCUAACGUGACCUGUGCUCCUGGCCAUGGAUUCAGCGUAGGCAGCCUCGGCAGGUCGCAGAAAGAGGAGAAUGUGACCGGCUUCACAGUACAGAACUGCACCGUUAGCAAUUCUACUAAUGGGAUCAGAAUCAAAACAUGGGAAUCUCCUUAUAGCUCCGUUGCUUCUGGUUUCAUUUUUCAAGACAUUUUCAUGAAGGAUGUUGAGAAUCCGAUCAUUAUUGAUCAGAUGUAUUGCCCGUAUCCUCCUUGCAAUAAGCAGAGUCCAUCCCAUGUUCAAGUAAAGGAUGUGUUAUAUAAAAACAUCUGGGGCACCUCAAGUACAGAAGUUGCAGUGUCUUUGAGUUGCAGCAGUGCAUUGCCAUGCGAAAACGUCGUGUUGAAGGACAUCAACUUGAAUUUCCAGGGAUCAGGAGGACCAGCAAAGUCGCAGUGUUCUUUUGUCAAUGGCCUCUCUUACGGCCAACAAAGACCUCCUUCUUGCUUAUAAUCUAGCUUCAGUCUCCUCAGCCUUUUUUAGCUUUGUCCUUUAAUUAGAAACCAUUAUCAUAUAUACACUGUAUGGGUAUGCAAAUAUAGCUGUCAACGUCAC